UGGUAAAGGGGUUCAUCAUAUGUGAUUCAUGCUGGAACAGAAGAGAAUAAGGAAGGCGCCAACUCCAUAAAGAGCAAAACGAGUCAACUGCCCUGGUUUGAAUCUUAUUUGAGAAAAGAAACAAUUGUUGUUAAUAUGUUGAUUAAUUAAUAAAUUAAAUUUGUAUCGAUUACAUCACUCUGUGUCUAUAUGGUUCCAGGUUUAGUUCUGUUGUUUACGUAAAUAUUUAUUUCUAGAGUUUAUCUCUAAGGAAAUGUUGAACCUGUAUUUUCUAAGUAGCCUCUAUAUCUUACACUGUUGUUUCUUCAUUAUUUCAGAAUAUCAGAUGACAUUGGAAUAACUGAAGAUACAUUCUCAUUAUUUAUCAUCUUUUAAAGACCAAAUUGAAAAUAUUGUACAGAGCAGAUAUAUAAGAUUGUUUCUGUAAAUCUAUGGUAGAAUUCCUCUGAUAUAUUUACUCUGAAAUGUGUUAUUAGCAAACUUUCUGGACAUCACCGGCUGGAGUGUCUACAAGAUGAGUCUGUUUGCAAAUUAAACUUGGAUAAAUUUACUAAAGAGUUUUGAGACAAAAGUGACACUGGACAGAACAACAGCAGUAAUGUAAACAAAAGAAUAUAGUAGCAAAUAGAAGAAAUAUAUAUAUAUAUAUAUAUAUACAUAUUGUGAAUUUCAAAGAAACAUAAUGGAAAAGAGUAAAAAUUUAAAGGAACUAAUUUUUCCUGAAGAUGCAGAAAAAGGAAGUAGAACCAUAUCACAUGACUGCGAUGUCUGUAAAAAGUCAUUCUCUCAAAAGGGCUACCUAAAUAAGCACAAACGUAUUCAUACAGGAGAGAAGCCAUUUCACUGUGACAUCUGUGGCAAAUCAUUCUCUAACCGAAGUACUUUAAAAUCUCACGUACGUGUUCAUACAGGAGAGAAGCCAUAUCACUGCAACAUCUGUAACAAAUCUUUCACUGUAAAUAGUACCGUAACUAAACACAAACGUAUUCAUACAGGAGAGAAACCAUAUUCUUGUGAUAUCUGUGGUAAAUCAUACUCCAGAAUUGACAACUUAGCUAUUCACAAGCGUUCCCAUACAGGAGAGAAACCAUUUCACUGUGAUGUAUGUGGUAAAUCAUUCUCUAACCGAAGUGAUUUAAAAUCUCACAUACGUGCUCAUACAGGAGAAAAGCCAUAUCAAUGUAAUGUCUGUAUGAAAUCAUUCUCUCAAAGUGGCAGCUUAACUUCUCACAUACGUUUCCAUACAGGAGAGAAGCCAUAUCACUGCGACGUCUGUGGUAAAUCAUUCUCUGAAAAUGGUAACCUAACUAAACACAAACGUAUUCAUACAGGAGAGACACCAUAUUCUUGUGGCAUCUGUGGUAAAUCAUUCCCCCGAAGUGACAGCUUAGCUUCUCACAAACGUUCCCAUACAGGAGAGAAGCCAUAUCACUGUGAUAUUUGUGGUAAAUCCUUCUCUCAAAGUGGCAACUUUGCUUCUCACAAAUAUUUCCAUACAGGAGAGAAGCCAUAUCACUGUGAUAUCUGUGGUAAAUCAUUCUCUAAAAGUAGCCAAUUAAUCAGUCACAGACAUAGCCAUACAGGAGAGAAGUCAUAUCAUUGUAGUGUCUGUGGUAAAUCAUUCUCUUCAGCCAGUGGCUUUGCUACACACAAGCGGAUUCAUACAGGGGAGAAGCCAUUUAACUGUGAUAUGUGUGGUAAAUCAUUCCUUCAAAAAGAUAACUUGACUAGACACAAACGUAUUCAUACAGGAGAGAAGCCAUAUCAAUGUGACAUUUGUAGAAAAUCAUUCUCUUGGAGUAGUGUUUUAACUUCUCACAAACGUAUUCAUAUGGGAGAGAAGCCAUAUCACUGCAAUAUCUGUGGCAAAUCCUUUACUCAAAAUGGUAAUUUAACUAGUCACAAGCGUAUUCAUACAGGGGAGAAGCCAUUUCACUGUGACAUCUGUGGUAAAUCAUUCUCUGAAAAUGGUAAACUAACUACACACAAACGUAUUCAUACAGGAGAGGCACCAUUUUCUUGUGAUAUCUGUGGAAAAUCAUUCCCCCGAAGUGACAGCUUAGCUGCUCACAAACGUUUCCAUACUGGAGAGAGGCCAUAUCACUGUGAUAUCUGUGGUAAAUCAUUCUCUCAAAAUGGCAACUUAGCUUCUCACAAACGUUCCCAUACAGGCGAGAAGCCAUAUCACUGUGAUAUCUGUGGUAAAGCAUUCUCUAAAAGCGGCAACUUAGCUUCUCACAAACAUUUCCAUACAGGCGAGAAGCCAUAUCACUGUGAUAUCUGUGGUAAAUCAUUUUCUCAGAGUAGCAACUUAGCUUCUCACAAACAUUUCCAUACAAGAGAGAAGCCAUAUUGUGGUGUCUGUUGUAAAUCAUUCUCUUCAGCCAGUAACUUGACUAUACAUAAGCGUAUUCAUACAGGAGAGAAGCCAUGUCACUGUGAUAUCUGUGAUAAAUCAUUCUCCCGAAAUAGCAGCUUAGCUUCUCACACACAUUUCCAUACAGGAAAGAAGCCAUAUCGCUGAGAUGUCUGUUGUAAAUGUUUCUCCACAAGUAGUUGCUUGUCUAAACACAAACCUAUCCAUACUGGAGAGAAGCCAUAUCCUCGUGAUAUCUGUGGUAGGUCAUUCUCUCAACAUAGCAAAUUAUCUUCUCACAAAUGUGUUCAUAAGGGGAAGAAGCAAUCCCACUGAUAUUUGUAGUAAACCCUUCUCUGUAAGUGGUGACUGAGCCCUUUACCAUGAAGAUUAGUCUCUCAAAUGUGAUGUUUAUUUAUUCACAUUAUUUUCUGUUUGUCAUCCAUUAACUCACAGCUUUCAAAUUUUGGUGAUGCGAUUGUGUAUUUUCAGAAUGACAUUGUAGGGUAGGUGUAAAAAUAGAAUAUUUGGGCUGGAUAUGGCCACUUUAAAUUCUAAAGGGUUAACCCUACAAGUACCAACAUUACUUACUUCCUACAAAAACCAUAGAGGUCAUUUAUGGUCACCUUGAAAACCUUUAUUCAGUGCAAUCUAUUUUAAAUAUCAGCAAAUGCAGUGAAUAAAGGAUUUGAAAAUAUAUUCUUUUAGCAUUUAUUUACAUGUAAAAAAAACAUAUAUAUCUAUAGACACAUAUAUAUGAAAUGAUGCUAUAAUUGUACAUUCAAUACAGUUGUAGAAAUUAAAAAGUAAUAAGCAAAAGUGGUGAUGAAAGACCGUUUGGUACUUCUGGUAUUAAAUGUGUAUCUCUUCAUAUAGAUGUGUGACUAUCAAUGUGACAAUUCAUAAGAACUAUAAGCAUUUUUCACCUCAUUUUGGAAUUGAAACAAAGGACAAGAUGUGUUGAAUAUUGAACCUGUUGAAGUGAAAGUGUAGAAAAAGGUUCAAAAGAUUACAGGACAUUGAAAUGGUGUGGGAUGAUGUGGUUCCUCUUCCAAGCAUAGUCUUUACAGACCACAUACUAGUUGUCGUGUGUGUAGAUAUGUAUGUGUAUAAGUAAAUAUAUUACAUGUUAUGUAUAUAUAUAUAUUUCCUUAUAUUACCUCACCAUUAUCAUUACUUAAUGUCUGCUUUCCAUGUUGGCAUGGGUUGGACGGUUUGAUUGAAAACUGGUAAGCUGUUGGGACUGCACCAGCUUCCAAUCUGAAUUUGGCAUGGUUUCAAUGGCUGGGUGCCCUUCCUAACGCCGAUGACUCUGAGAAUGUAAUGGGUGUUUUUUACAUUCCACUGGCAGAGGUGCCAAUGACUUGACACUGGAAUCGGUCAUGUCUACUGUCUUGCCUGGCUUCACAUAUCUACACAAGCAUGCUAUUAUUGCCAAAGGCCUUGGUUGUCUGCCACUGGCAUGGGUGUCCAUCAGACAGGAUUGGCAUCGGCUAAAACUGCGAUUUCAUUUUGCUCAACAGGUCUUCACGAGUACAGCAUAUUACCUAAUGAUUGAAUGGUGCUUUCAACAGGCCAGUUACAUGAUACAGGCAUCAACCACAACCACAAUCUCACUUGGAAUCAUAUCACUGCCUCCAUGAGUUCAUAUAUAUAUAUAUAUCAUCAUCAUCAUCAUCAUCGUUUAACAUCCGCUUUCCAUGCUAGCAUGGGUUGGACGAUUUGACUGAGGACUGGUGAAACCGGAUGGCAACACCAGGCUCCAGUCUGAUUUGGCAGAGUUUCUACAGCUGGAUGCCCUUCCUAACGCCAACCACUCAGAGAGUGUAGUGGGUGCUUUUACGUGUCACCCGCACGAAAACGGCCA